GCUUGGUGGAUUGCUGUGUUUUGUGGUACUCAUGCUGAAGUUCUCUCAGGCUGGUCCGAUACUGACUACAGCCUGGAUUGUGCAACAGGAUGAACAAGAAAUGAUCCAAACGGCUUCUCCUCCUGAUGAUUCUCCUCAUAUCACACCCUCCACUUCCAACAACACAGGAGAACCACAAUUGAGACAAAGCAACCCAAGGUCACAACGCAGAGGUCAAAGGUCAGGCCCCCAGAGACCCGUCUAUGAAGAGUUUCCCUCUUUAAAAUGGGUCAGGUGGUCAGGAACGCUCCCCAGGUGGGCGGUGAAGGUGAAAAAUGAACGUACCAAGAGGUUGGACUAUGUGUGCGCUCCAGUGACUGGGUGCAACUGGGCAGUCGGGUACUACAACACCGGGAGGGACGCCGUGUGCCGCAGCUCGUGCCACGGGAAGGAGCAGAAAAGCUCCACGUUCGAUGUGCUGGUGAAUGAAAACAGUGCAGUUAAUUUAGAGUGGGUUAAAGUUUCCGAAGAUGCUUUUCCACCAAACCCUGUUCACAUUUCAACAGAGAACGCAGUUGGGAGAAGCUCCCACGGUGUGGGGACCUUCUACAUGCCGUUCACUCAGUUCUAUGUUCCUUGGCAAGGCACUGAAACAGUUCUUAGCGAGGGUUUCGAGGUGCUGGUCAUGACUGGCGAAUAUUCUCAGCAUAUAUACGAUGUGCUCUAUGACAUAGAUAAGCUGUCCAUGGAGUCAAAGGACUCUGUCAUUGUGACGUCGACGUCCGUCACCAACAAUGGCGACGUCAUCCUGAAGAAAACCGUGAACCUGGCUAAGAGCAUCCAGCAGCAGAACACAUGGCAGACGACCGAUUCCACCUCUCUGUCCAUCACCAGCUCCAUCACAGCUGGAGUUAUGCUGUUCUUUUCUGCUACCUAUGGCUUCUCAUUCGAAAAAAAAUUCACCAACAUGAAUACGAACUCCGUCACGGAGACAGACGCCCACUCGCUGACCCUCGAGAUCGACAUUCCUCCCAAAUACACCUGUCAGGUGAAGAUGGUGGGAGAGCAGUACAAGGCGAGCAUCCCCUUCACCGCAAAGCAGCAGAGAAUCUACGACAACGGCGACGAAAGAACGACCAUGAUUACGGGCGUUUACCACGGCACACAGGUCGGCGAAAUCAAAGCAGUAGCAGAAAAGUGUGUGCCGAUCGAGGGAGAACAGCUGUUCAACUACCACUGAACGAGUUAAAUUUCCUAUAACAGAUGGUAACCUUUUAAAUGUAUGUGAUGAACUGUAUGUAUAUUUUUUAACUGUAUGUUAUAAACUGUUAAUGAAUGUUUUAAAAU